UAUAGAUAUACAUAUAAAAUUUUGUAUCGUGUGGUGCAUAAUCAUUGAUUUAUUUUCCCCUUUUAUUUUUCUUUAGAAAAUGAAUUCAUGUUACGUUGGUUUGGUAAGGUGUGGGGUGACAAGUGCGGGAAUCCAAACUACUGUCGGUCAACCUGGACCGUCAACUUCUGGCUACCGAGGGCGUUACGUGGUAUCAGCGUCAGGAAGUUCCGCAGCGACUCCAGCAGUGGUUCCGGCUCAAGGUUCAGUAGCAACGUCACCCUUGUCAACAUCUUCUUCUUCAACCGCAGGGUCCUCGGGUUCAUCAGGUGGUUCGUGGGCGGCGACGCCAGCCACCUCUUCAGUGGAUCCUCUGAGGGUAAAAACGGAAGAGUUGUUGUUGGAAGAUUUUACCCAGGAGCCCGAUCCAUCGGCGCCGGAGUGUCGUGAACCAAAAGCAGCAAGCCCGGUGAAUCAGAGCCCUCGGUAUAUGAUGAACUGGCAUGACGCAGAGAUGGUGACAGUCGAUUCUUCUCCCCUUGACCUGUCGCGUUAUCUGAGUGAUCCUCCAGUUUCGUCCCCUGAGGUUCCAGCCCCGCGGAAGAGGAGAUCUCAAUUUCCUACCCCUGGGGAACUUCAGUUCAUGGUCCGGGAACUACAGCCAUUAUUGCAUCUCAACGUGAUUUUAUAUCGAUCAUCGUCAUUUAUCCAGGGGACGACCAGGAUCGCUCCCGGAUUUUGGGACCCAAUAAUAGCAAUUAUCCCGGAAUCUAGGGGGUGUGUGAAGCGCUUCUUUCUUCAAUUUCCCUUGGAACUAGUGGAGCAACUGAAUCCGUCAAGGGAUUCCCUGCUGAAGACGGUACUUCACAUGUCGUCUCAGGAGUUGCGUCACUGGUUUAGAUAUACCAAGGCUCCAAGGCACGUUCAACAAUGGCUACGUAAACUAUACCGAGUGUACCGAGGGAAUUACAAUGUAUCGGCAAACAAUUAAGUGUGAAAGUUUUUUUUUUUUUUGAAAUUUAAAAAGGGGUGUCUUAUACUUAUGUAAGAGAAAUAAUAAUUGUAGAGAUUCUUUAAUUCAUAAAAAAAAAUAUAAAUAUAA